AUGACACAUUUCUUCUGCAUCUUUCUUUUCUUCUCUCUUUUUUUUUCUUUUCCCUCUCUUCACUUUUCUUUUCUCUCUCUUGUUCCUCCCCUUUUCUUUUGCCUUCGUUUGUCUUUUUCUUUUCUUUCUUCUCUUCUAUUUCUUACCUCUCUCUCUUAUACUUUUCUUUUCUCUCUUGUUCCUCCCUUUUUCUUUUGCUCUCUUUUGUCUUUUUCUUUUCCCUCCCUCCCUCUAAUUCAUUUCAUUUUCUCUCUUCUCUUCUCUUUCUUACCUCUCUCUCUUCACUUUUCUUUUCUCUCUCUUGUUCCUCCCUUUUUCUUUUGCCCUCUUUUCUUUUCUCUCACUUGCAUUCUUCUCUUUUUCUUUUCUCUCUUUCAUUUUUUCUUUUCUUUCUUUCACUUUUCCUUUUCUUCUUUUCUCUCUCUGCUGUAUCCAUCCUUUUCUUAUUUUCUUUCUUCAAUCCUACUCUUCUUUUCACUUUCUUUCAUCGUCUUGACUCCUCCUUCUUUCUUACUGUAUAUAGCCCUCUCUCUCUUUCUAUUUACCCUUCCUUUUUCUCUUAACACACACUCUCUCUUUCCCUUUUAUGAUAUUUCACUUUAUCUCUCUCUCAUUUUCCAAUUUCUCUGUUUUAAGCCUUCAGGGUGUUCUCUAACUCCUUAA